AUGGUGAACCAAUCAUACAGCAUUCAAGUGAGUGGCAUGCAGUUCUCAUACGACGCUCGUUCCCCUCUGUUCUUCGAUUUCAAUCUCAACAUUUCCAGCGGAUCCCGGUGCCUCCUCGUCGGCGCGAAUGGAUCUGGCAAGACGACGCUGCUGAGGAUUUUGGCGGGGAAGCACAUGGUGGGCGAUAAAGACGUGGUGAGGGUGCUGAACUCGUCGGCUUUCCACGACACGAGCCUCGUCUGCAACGGCGAUUUGGCUUAUUUGGGGGAAUCGUGGAGUAAAACUGUGGGCUCAGCUGGAGAACUUCCACUACAAGGGGACUUCUCAGCUGAACAUAUGAUAUUUGGAGUUGAAGGAGUUGACCCUGUGAGGCGAGAUAAGCUAAUUGAAUUGUUGGAUAUUGAUCUUCAUUGGCGUAUGCACAAAGUUUCUGAUGGUCAAAGACGCCGAGUCCAGAUUUGCUUAGGCCUUCUUCAUCCUUACAAGGUACUUUUGCUUGAUGAGGUCACUGUUGAUUUAGAUGUUGUGGCUCGGAUGGAUUUAUUGGAAUUUUUCAAGGAAGAAUGUGAGCAGAGAGGAGCAACAAUUGUUUACGCAACUCAUAUAUUUGAUGGUCUUGAGACGUGGGCAACUGAUCUUGUUUACGUUCAAGAGGGCGUGUUGAGGAGAUCGGAUAAGCUAGCCGAGCUCCAAGAAUUGAAAAAUAGAGUAAAUUUGCUCUCGGUAGUCGAGUCGUGGCUUAGGUCCGAAACUAAAAUCGAGAAGAAAAAACCACUUCCUUCUCCCUUUCAAACCCAAAAGCCUUCUCCGUUUGAUAAUUCUCCUUUUAGGUCUUCAAGACAUAUGGCUUAUUACCGUUGA